AGGAGGACGCUCUCCAAGUAACUGCGACGUUUACCAUGUUUACCAUCGCAUCAGUUACGUUUUCCACGGUGGUUUCUAUGAUCAGGCCUUUUGUCUGCAGUGUGGAAGAUGAAAAUCUUAAUUUUCUGUGUGUUUUUACCAAUUGUUAAUCUUUUUCAAGAUGUAAGUGAAGUCUGUGCCUUGACCCCCACCCAACCAAAAUAUGAUGCUUGGCAUUCAUCACCAAAAGUAACCGACUCCCAAAGCCUGGGGCAUUAUGCAGACACGGACAAUCAGAGAAGUCCAGCAACCGAUACUGUUGACAAGGGCGAAACUUCAAAACAGCUACAGCCGAGCUCGGAAUCUCUGGAAUGGCCCGAGGAAAAUCAGAUCCAUUCAUCCCAUCAGAGUCUGAGUGGAGACAAUGCGUCAGUUCCCUUUGCAGAUGACAGUACUUCGUCAGUAGAUGAUGAGACACGAAAUGUUGCUAUUUCUGGGGCAAUUCAUCGCGAGUUGUUGCCUGUCUUCAAAGAGGCUAUGCUUGGAUAUUACUUGAAGACAGCCAUCCACCGACCAGUGUGCGUCUUCUUCAGGCUGCGUGGCCUUAUUCCCGAUUUGGAAACACAAGUCCACAAUUUCUGGUCCAAAGCUCAGACUAUCAGUGACAACUUGUAUACAUCUUGGAGACUAGGAGCUUUUUUCAAUCAAUCUAAGCCUACCAGGGGCUUCAAGGUACCAGACAAACUUCCAGUAUUACGAUGCUUCAUCGGCAUGGCCCAGCCAGCUGACUACAGGGGACCAGGGAAGGCUAAAGACCUUCACCGAUGGCUCACCAAACAGGCUGUCAAAUACAAGGAUAGAAUUCCAGAGUUCAGCAGCGAAGCUCUCGGCAAGCUUCCCUCCAGCUUAGAGUUGGCUCUCAUCGCAUUUGUGGACGAAGAUAGUCACUAUGACAUAGAAUCUAAGAUGAAGGAGCUCAGAGAAAGCUACAAAGAAGCUUCCCAGGUAUUCAUGGUGCAUCCAGGCUCAGAUAAUGCUGUAAAGCUAAUGGCUCAGUACGGGAUUCAGACACUACCAGCUGUGGUCGUCUUGGACUUUAGAGACAUACUGAGGAGCCAAGCCGUUCAGAAAUUUGAAGGACCUAAGUCUUCCAUGGAGCAUUUGAGAACCUUUCUUAGCAUUCGACUGUCCCCUGUGGCCAUUCUAACUUUGGACAACUUUGAAAGCCGCAUCAUCCGUCCAAAGGUCAAGAGGUCGCCGACCUUGGUGUGCUUCCACGCUCCCUGGGGUCAUGACACGGGGUCAUACCUGGAUGCACUACAGCGAUCGGCAGCUGAGUUUCAUCUGCAGGAUGGGGCGGGGCUGGAGUUCGGAUCUGUUGACCUCAACAAGCAUGCCGAAGUUGUAACUCGAUGGGUCGACGCUACCUACGCUAAGGGCGUUCCGUUCUCCGUUCUUUUCUGGUGGAAGGAAACAGAUGACAAAGGCCUAGUCUUACAUCAGAAGGUCUUUCCUGAAGCUACCCCAACCCCUUGGUCCGUGGCAACUUUCCUGGAGCAAAACCAAGUACCGAUAUACGAUGCAGAAGGGGAGGAGCUACAGUACUCACCGUGGGCGGAGCAGGACAUUGACGACGAGCUUGCUUUUGGUUUCACAAAGUACAAACCAACUCUCUGCACCAGUCCUGCGAAUAACACCCUUGGAAUACCUGAUGAUUUGAAUAACCAAGACUUGUGUGAUCUGAGAAGUUUGACUCAGUCGAAGAGGUUGAAGGUCAAGCGCAAGGACAAAACUGAAGCCAGUAAUAUCCAGAAAUCAGUCUGGGUCAAAAAGAAAUCUAGUGCCGCAUCUGCCCAACCAAUGAUUGGCAAGAUCCCACAGGUGACCGAUGCAUCCUGGUCGAGCAUCGUGGAACGUUCUCGGGCUUCCGGGGACACCUCACGCCUCACUGAACCAUGGAGGAAAGAUGUUGCAUUUACCACACUGGUAGCCUUUGUCCAGACGGACUGCAGCAACUGUCGAAGGAAGAUGGCCGUCUUUGAGAGGCUGGUGGAUUCACUGAAGAUGAUCAGUGGUGCAUCAAUGUAUAUAAUGAACUGCACGUCAGAUCCAGUAACCUGUGCCCAACUAAGCGUUAUUGGAUUCCCCACACUGAUAGCCUUUAGGGGGUACAGCGAGACAGGCAGUGAACAGUGUGUGACGCGGGGUCAGGCUACCCAGCUGAUUCGUAUGGACUACCAUGGCAUGCUGGAGGAAAAAUCUAUAAUGGAAUGGUUCUCUGAGAUAUCCCUUCCAGCCGUGAAGCAGCUUCCGAGUAUCAAACACUUCCGACAGUCUUCAUUUCAGAGGGAAGACGUGAUCCUCCUGGCCACUAUGUACCCCCUCUCCUUGGCCGGCCAGUACCUGCCAAAGCUGGCCAGAAACCACCACUGGUAUCCUCUGGAGUGCUACCGUGUUGCCUGUGAGCGGCUGUACGGCCGAGCUAGGUGUCUGGCGGCUGUCUCAGAGAACCUGGGAGGCCGAGACCUUGAGAGGAGCAAGAAGGAGAAGGAGAUGAUUGUUACUCAGGUUGAAAUGAUCCGAAGAGACGGUAUCAAGUCUCUGGUGUUUAGCCUCGGACGGAAUCUGAUGGUGACCCUCCAAGAUGAGGCAGACUCACAGAUACAUGCAUUCCACACACCACACAAGUACAACUUAAAAGAGGGACAACGCUGUGAAGAUGACCCAGCCAGCUGCACGGAUCUUAUCGUGGCAUUCGUACAGGAUCACAGUAGACUCCCCGUCACCCAUCUCACCAUGACUGGGUUCCACACCCACAGCGGAACAAAAUUUGGUGAGCACCAUGAAAACUCCAUCUUUGAACAUAACCUGCCGGUGAUGAUAGCCCUGGUCAACAGGGGCCACUUAAUGGAAGGAGCACAGUUCAUUGAGGCAUUCACAUCAUCGGCAUACGAGUUCUACGAUGAGAUGGUGUUUGUGUCGCUGAAUGCAGAUGAGUUCCCCAAGUGGGCCUCAAGCUUUGUACCCCUGGGCUACCGGCAGAAGAUGCUCGAGUACAGUGAUCAGAUUACGUCCGAUCUCAUCCCGUCCCUCAAUGUGUACCCUCGCUUGUGCAUUGUACAGCAGGAUGACCAUCGCCAUGCAGCCAUGUUCCCGCCAGCUGACCACUUCACCCUGACCCCUGCCCAUACCCCUAGAGUGAUCACCAAGGCCGAGAUAACAAGGUUUGCCAGAGAGUUCCUGAGAAGAGGCAACACAAUGAUGUUACAGACAGAGCAGUUUUGAAAUAAGGGCGGAAAGUGGGGGAAAUGAAGGAGUGUUGUGAAAUUUACAUGUACCUGUAGGAUUGUCACUUAUUUGUUUACUGUACUCCUCUUUGAUAACAUGCCCAAAGGUUCUUCUAAGUUAAAGUUGUGAUGGCACUUUAGCUCUCAAUCAAGGGAAAAAAAUUAGAGAUGAAGAAGUCCUCAGUGGUAGACAUGGGAGAAAUGCCCCAGAAUGAAUUUCCAGAGAAACCAACGGAAUCUUGAAGGGACAGGAACAUCCCAUCCACUUGUUGACCUGGUUGAGAUAUGAACUUGGGUGGCACAGGUGAAAAGAUGUUUUGACAACCUGACUCUCGGGCAAUCCUUUCUUUUUUGGCAAACCAGAUUAACCCAGGUUAAUGGAUGGAACAAUGCCUUUGCCCCAGAAAGAAACAGUAUAGGAAAGAAGCAUUCUUGUCAACUACUCUCGAAGUGGUAGCAGAAUACCCUUAAAGUGAAUGGUGAUGUUUGUCCACUAAGUACAUAUUAAAACUAGAGAAAGCAGUGACCUCAUGUCAUUGGGAUCAAGUAAUAAUGUGUGUCACAGUAACAGGAUGAUGAGUAUCAGUGUUGUCAUAAAUCGAGCCAUAUAGAUGGUAUAAAAAGUAACUGUCAUUGCUGAUAAAAUUGCUGUAUGUCUUACCCCUAAUUAUGAAGUCAGCAAUCACUCAUCUCACAUGCCAAUUUUGCCAGCCCUGGCUGAAGGUGCCUACAGUGAAACCUGUUGCCUUUUUUGAAAUCUGUUUCCAUAGUAUGUACCGCAUUGUUGUGCCAGGUAGGAAAAAAAAAGUAUUAGGAUAUUGUUCUUUACUUACGAAUAGUGGAUUCAGUUGCAUCUAAAGGUUAGGAUUCACAACCAGGAGUCACUGCCAGUGACCUUAGAUGUGCUGUGAGUCACUUGACUUUCAAAACCAGCCUGCCGGAUCAAUAUGUCCACUGAUUUGUUUUGACCAGGAACUGAUAACCCAGAAUAUGAUACACCUUGCAGGAGCAUGUGUCUCUUUGAGUGAGACUUGCACUGUUUCAUCACCAGUAGCCUUAUGCUUGGCUCUGGGUGCUAUCUGUUGGAGGGCAUUACAGCUGCCUCCUCCCUCCCAGUAAUCUUGGCUCUAUAUGCAAGCCAUUAAUGGCGGCCAGUGCUGCUGCUGGUUACAGCCUUGGCUUUGGGUGCUAGGUGCUAGCAGCCUAGCACUGCCUCACUCUCAGUUACUUGGGCUAUAGGUGCUAGCCACUGAGUGCCAGUACUGCUGCAUUCCUCUUAGCCUCAGUUGUAGGUACUAGCCGGUACUGCUGCAUCCUGACACAACCUUGAUUGUAGGUGCAAGCUACAGAGGAGCCAGCCCUGCUGCUUUCCCUCUAGCCUCAGCUGUAGGUGCUAGCCAGUAUUUUUACACCCUUAUGCAACCUUGAUUGUAGGUGCUAACCACAGAGGAGCCAGUACUGCUGCAUUCCUACUAGCCUCAGUUGUAGGUAUUAGCCAGUGUCAUUGCACACUGAUACAACCUUGGUUGUACUGAGUUGCUAGACUCUGAAGGGCCUGCGUUUCUCUGUACCUGUUAGCCUUGACUCCAGGUGCUGGCCAUGGAGGAUACUCCAUCCCCAGUAACCUCAGCUGUACUGUAGGUGCUGGUCUGCUGCAGCCUUGUGUCUAUGUACUUCAGGUACUAGCCAUCGAAGGUACCAGCACUGCUAUGCUCUCAGUAUCCUCUGCUUUAAGUUCUAGGUACUGAUGAGCCAGUACUACUGCACCCCUGAUGCAAACGUUGGUUGCAGGUGCUAGUCUCUGAGUGACCUCUCCUGUUCUGUUCCUGCUAGCCUUUACUUUAGGUGCAAGUCGUGGAGGGAUAUUAGCAUUGCUACAAUUCCCAGCCACCUCAACUGUAGGUCCUAGCCUACGGCAACCUUGGCUCUAGGGGCUAGCCAUUGAAGAGAAUAGCACUGCAACACCCUCAUAACCUCAGUUUUUUGGGUGCUAGCCAUUAAGGGGGCCAGUGUUGCUGCAUAUCUAGUAGCCUUGACUGCAGGUGCUACCCAUUAAGGGCGCCCAAUACUGCACACUUCAAUCCUUACAUUUCUCAGUCAUUAUUAGGAAGUUAAGCAGGUUUCUUUAACAUUUUAGAAAAACUGGUUACUUUUUUUUAAUGGGUAACCUGUAGAAAUAAGUUGUAACAUGUUAGUGCUGUCUUCAGAUUAAGAUGUGUGUGUGCUCUUCCAAAGGAAAAGACCUAUUUUGCCUGAUCAACAUUAAUUUGUCUCGGUAAUUUUUUUUUCAAUGUGCCCACUACCGUGAAACUGAUGUUAUACACUUUUUUGAUGCAAGUGCAAUAUUGCUGUUUCAUACCGGUUGCAUCAUAUUAUAACUGGGAUUUGUGGGUAAUGGGCAGAUGUGGAACACCAGAAGGAGAAAUUCCAGCGAGAAAAACCUGCACUGUCAUUUGCCUUUCCUGACCCACAAUGAUGCGAUCCGGCCCUGUCAUACAUUUUCCCCCAUUAAAAAGACCUCCUGGGAAUUGGUUGAGGAAUUAGAUUUUCCAAUACUUCAUAGGAUGUAGAUUAUUUCAUGUCUAUAGUGUAGUUCCUAAAGAGUGUCAGAUGCAUACGAUAGUAACUGUAUCCCUCGGUUCCUUGGGGAUGUGCUCACAUCAGCAGUAGUGCCCCUUUUGCCCUUCAGCAUCCCUUGGCCGGCAUGGCCUUGAACAUUGGACAGGUAAUGUGACUUAUGCUGGAUCACCCUCAAGGGGAUCCCUUUUUUCAGCUUCCUCGCCAGUUUGAUUAUACAUGUACAUGCAUCACCAGAGCCUUUCCUCCUGUCCCUGCUACCAUUAAAAAGCGUCCAGUUUUAGUACACAUAACCUCUGUAUACAUGCAUUAGGGUCGCGAAAUGAACUUGAGAGUGUCUCGUGUUUGUUUAAAGUGGGGAUGCGUGUGCCUUUUCCACUAAGUCGUUAUGAGUGCUCUCUGCCAGAUGAUCCCAAACCCCAGAUUAAAAAAGGUAUGAUUCCGCCGACCUGAUUUCGCGUUUCCCGGUCAGAACUGGAAACGGGACUUAACAAGUCCUGACAUUGGCGGGAAGGCUCCGUCAAAACUGGUCAGUCACAGGCCUGGCACGUGAGACAGUGAUUGAAGUCCGCGUUGUCAGUCAACCGGCCGGAUCUCCCCGCUCCGGGUCUGUAUACAAUGUAGUUGGCCUGAACAUGCAUGUUAAUCAAAGGUACAUCAUGCACUGCUGCACGUCUCGGAUAUCUGGAAGUUUGGUUUUCUAAAGAUUUUGCGGCAGGAAAAUGUUGGUAUUAUUGAGGUUCGACCUUCGGCCCUUCUCCAUGCAAAAAAAUCUGGUCACGUGCCUUAUGUUUUUCCAAGUGACGAAAAGCUUCUUGUAUCUCAUUUCUGGAGGAUUUUUUCAUACGAUGUUAGUCUAGCCAUUUCUAGCACAGGGGAGACAGCGUCAGGAAGUUGUGACUGCGGCUGGAACUUGACACUCUUGAAUGGAAGUCACAGCUGCAGUGGCUGCAGCUAUCUCCCGUAGAUGUGCCUUAUGCACAAAUACCAGCUGUAGCCUGUGGACCUGGACACUGUCUGUGCUGUGUAUGCAUCUACAUGCAUGGAACGUUCAGUUCCUGGCUGAUUGGAAAACGUCAGUUCAGAAGCUUUGCAGCAUAUGUAUCUAGGCCCGACAUAUAAAUAUAUCGCCAAUUUCAUAGUUAUAUUACAAGACGUAGGCUCAUCUACAUGUACUUUCAUUCAAUUCGGUUUUUCAUUCCUCAGCGCCAUACAAUUAUCUUAUUGCGGGUCCAAACCUAGAAAAGCUUUUUAAUUCCUGCAUCUUAUAGAUGACCCCCCCACCUUUUACGCAUUUGAUCAGCGAUUACCAACUUCUUCCCGUUGUUGCUCAAUCAUUAGAGUGCAAGAUAACCCCGCUAUAUUGGAGUGUCUCCGGUUAUCCAUCAGUUGUCGGAGUUCAGGUUGACAGCUGUCAGAUAUACCCUGGCUUGUCAUUCCAGACAUCACAGAACCAACUCCAUGUCAGUGUUUUCCCUUCAACGCAAGAGAGCCAACUCACGACUGGGGCACAAGCUGCCGAUUUCCCGGCUAAAUAAUUCUGUUCUGGAGCUAAAACGAAUCUGACAAUUGGGAUUAAGGGGACACGUGUUUCAGAUUAUCCGAGGCUUGCUCAGGGAAGCGGAACCUGAAUGCUGCUGUUUCGCAGGUGUAAUUGGCUGUUCGUCAGCCUGUUGAGGUUUGUUCCCGUCCCGAUGCUCGAUCGCCCCAGGAUGUACCUGUUCCUCGGGAGAGUCGCACCAGAGCUCCUUGUUCACCGACUGAUAUACUGUUUCUUGUAAUUUUUCCC